CCUUUAAUUUGGUUCAGGCAUAUUCUACGACGCAUUGUUUGGGGUCCUCACUAGUGGCUCGGCGGCAGACGAUGCAGAAGUACAAUUUAAAAUAGAAAUAUUCUGUGAAAUCAAGUCGUUAAGGAAAUUUGGGUCCUCAGUUGUCCAAUAAUGAAUCUAGAACUGCUCGUUCUUUCUUAUGAAUAACUGGCUCAGACUUUGGAUAAAACUUCAAGAUUUCUCUCACUUUACUCAUGGAUAAUUUCCUGCUUCUUACUGAAUCGUUCGGGCAGAACUAUCCAGAGGAGGCAGAUGGCACUCUGGACUGUAUCAGUAUGGCCCUCACCUGCACCUUCAACCGCUGGGGCACCCUGCUGGCCGUGGGCUGCAAUGACGGCCGCAUCGUCAUCUGGGACUUCCUCACACGGGGUAUCGCCAAAAUCAUCAGUGCACACAUCCACCCAGUCUGCUCUUUAUGCUGGAGCCGAGACGGCCACAAGCUGGUGAGCGCGUCCACAGACAACAUUGUCUCGCAGUGGGACGUCCUGACUGGAGACUGUGACCAGAGGUUCCGCUUCCCCUCACCCAUCCUGAAACUGCAAUGCCACCCCAGAGACAUGGACAAGGUGCUGGUGUGUCCCAUGAAGUCAGCCCCGGUCCUGCUGACUCUGUCAGACUCCAAACAUGUUGUCCUGCCGGUGGACGACGACUCCGACCUGAAUGUUGUGGCGGCCUUUGACAGGCGGGGGGAGUACAUCUACACUGGCAAUGCCAAAGGAAAGAUUCUGGUGUUGAACACAAACACUCAGGAGCUGGUGGCUUCCUUCAGAGUGACAACUGGCACCAGCAACACCACUGCCAUCAAAUCAAUUGAAUUUGCACGCAAGGGCAGUUGCUUUCUCAUAAACACCGCAGACCGGAUCAUCAGGGUUUAUGACGGCAGGGAGAUACUGACCUGUGGCCGAGACGGCGAACCUGAACCAAUGCAGAAACUACAGGACCUGGUGAACAGGACUCCGUGGAAGCGCUGCUGUUUCUCCGGCGAUGGCGAGUACAUUGUGGCCGGUUCAGCCAGGCAGCACGCCCUCUACAUCUGGGAGAAGAGCAUCGGCAACCUGGUGAAGAUCCUUCAUGGAACUAGAGGAGAGCUGCUGCUUGAUGUCGCUUGGCAUCCAGUCCGUCCGAUUAUUGCCUCCAUCUCCAGUGGAGUGGUGUCCAUCUGGGCUCAGAACCAAGUGGAAAACUGGAGCGCUUUUGCUCCAGACUUUAAAGAGCUGGACGAGAAUGUGGAGUACGAGGAGCGAGAGUCCGAAUUCGACAUUGAGGAUGAAGAUAAGAGUGAACCCGAGCAGACAGGUGCAGAUGCUGCAGAGGAUGAAGAGGUGGAUGUCACCACUGUUGACCCCAUAGUUGCUUUUUGCAGCAGUGAUGAGGAGCUGGAGGACUAUAAGGCCCUGCUUUACCUGCCAAUCGCCCCUGAGGUCGAAGAUCCAGAGGAAAACCCCUUUGGCCCCCCGCCAGACGCUGCGGUCCAGACUGCUGCCCCAGAGGACGCGUUGACCGGCGGCGACAAGAAGCAGCGGCAGCCUUCAUCUGAAGGAGGCCCGGCCAAGAAGAAGGCUCGCACCACCACCAUCGAACUGCAGGGGGUCCCUAGUGACGAGGUGCACCCUCUACUAGGAGUGAAGGGAGAUGGCAAGUCCAAGAAGAAGACAGCUGGCCGGCCCAAAGGCUCCAAAGGGAGUCUGGUCUCGCAGUCGUACAAACAACAUGACAUUGGAGGGAUGGACUGAUCAUUGCUGUGUACAGUUGUAAAGGAGCCACCAACAGGUUUAAACAAAGAGACACAGAGUCUGACGUCCUAUGCAGACUGUGAGCAGCAGCCUGUUUGAUGUGCAGAUUGUUUCCUCUCCCAACCAGAGCAAAGCGUCACAGGAAAACUCCUCAGCCCCGAUCUCUGGACAGGAGCCGACAAAUAAGAGCACGAAGCAGCCGUCACAGUAGAGAUCACAUGUCCUCUGUCUCUGUAGGAUUCGUCAUGUUUAAAACACCUGUGUCCUGAUACUGUGUAUGUGUGUGUCUUUGGGUGUGCGUGCGUGGGUGUCGUCUUUCUUGUUGUUUUUAUACGUAUUAAAACAUUUUUGAUUUAUAAAUAA